AUGGCCUUCUCAACUAACUUUAUGUGUCCAGCGCUUAUUCUGGUGGCAGCUACCGUUGUAACAUGCCUCAAUGCUAACAAAAGCUGCAAGUAUCAGCAUCCCCAGACGUUAUUUUGCCUGUCUGAUUUCGCUAUUAAGGCUAGGAUAAUCUCAAUGGGUAAAAUAACUGUGACCAACGAUAUUGCGAAUCCAAUUCAAAUUACAAGCUACAAAAUCCACGUUAAAAAAUUCUUUCUUGAUCGAUCCAAUUCUAUUGGUUUUGACAUGUGGCAGAAGAAUGUCAAGUUACAAGUUGAGCAGUCUCUUGUCGCUAGCAAAUCAGCUAUUACUCUACAACCUAAAUCAACCUACGUCAUAUUUGGCUCUUUUAGCCAAGACAGGAAACAUUUAAUUUUGAAACAAUGUGGAUUCUAUGCCCCAUGGCAUAAUAUCACACGUGAGCAGCGAUUUGGUUUACGACAUGCUUACAACGAUAAUUGUCAUCGUUGCAAUAUUAAAUUAUGUCAUAAUGUAGAAAAUAACAAGGAUAAAAAGAAAUUGUGUACAGCCAACAAGAAUGAAUGCCUGUGGAAACCUAAGGUGAUGGCUUUUAGUCACUGUCCAUUGAAUUCAAGCGUAGUUAUAUCAACAGAUUGUCAUGCUUUGCAUAGUACAUGUGCUUAUCAUUCAUCAAAUCAACGAUGUACUUGGAUCUAUAGCAAGUCAGUUCGAAAAUGUAAAAUGGAAUAUGAUCGUGAUUUGCAUCGAUCAAGGUCACCAUAUAAAUAUCAUUGCAAGUAA